AUGCUUUGGAAGUGCAAGCUGGGACUAGUAUGGCUAACAAUAGCUCACCAGAACCAUCAUUUCGCUGCUUCUUAUACACUUUUUCGAUACCUCCCGGUCACGCUGUUUGGAAACGGUACUGAAAUAAAAACUUUCGCGUUUCUCGAUGAUGGCUCUUCCUCGACAUUAUUAGAAGCGGGGUUAGCCAAACAAUUAGGGCUUUCGGGAAAACCUGAAACACUCUGGUUAAGCUGGACAGGGAAAAUAGAUCGCCACGAAAAGGAAUCGGAGCGCGUACACUUGAAAGUGGGUGGAACUGGGUGGAAAUCAUCGUUAGCACUGGAGAACGUGAGAACGGUUCGGAAUUUAGGUCUACCCAGCCAGACACUGGAUUAUAACAAUCUUUCCAAAGUUUUUCCAUACUUGAGGGGUCUUCCAAUCGAAAACUACACUAACGUGAGCCCCCAAAUUAUCAUUGGUUUAGAGCACGCUCGCUUACUGACAUCACUCAAAGUGCGCGAGGGUGACGGUUGCCCGAUAGCUACCAAGACUAGACUGGGUUGGUGCAUAUUUGGCAGAAACUCGCCGAUGGCCACCGUCGUCGAGCAACUUCACGUCCAUGUGGAAGAGUCCAUGAGCAACAGUAAGCUUCACGAAUCGAUGAAGCGCUUUUUUGCGAUUGAGGAAGCUUCAGUUUCUAAAAAUUUAGAUGCAGAAGUGGACAAACGUGCGUGGCAGAUUUUAGAGAGUACGACUGUACUGAAGGGAAAUCAAUUUGAAACGGGGCUGCUUUGGCGAACAGAUAACCCAUGUUUUCCAGACAGUUUUCCGAUGGCAGUAAAGCGAUUCCAUAGCCUAGAAAAACGACUAGCGCGUGAACCAGUACUGGCUACAAAAGUUAGGGAACAAAUCGCCGAUCAUGAACGAAAAAAUUACGCACACCGAGCAACCAAAGUGGAACUGGAGACAACAGACCCUUCGCAUAGUUGGUAUCUACCACUAGGUGUAGUAACCACCCCAAAGAAACCUGAAAAAAUACGCCUCAUCUGGGAUGCCGCGGCGAAAGCCAGAGGAAUCUCUUUCAACGACAUGCUUCUUAAAGGACCAGAUCUUCUUACUUCGUUGCCGGCCGUUUUACUUCGUUUCAGGCAAAGGAAAAUUGCCAUCUGCGGUGACAUAUGUGAAAUGUUUCACCAAAUCAGGAUACGCAAUGAAGAUAAACAGUUCCAACGGUUUCUCUGGAGAGAUGACCCCAAAGAUGCCGUGCAAAUAUGGGUGAUGGACGUUGCGACGUUUGGGGCGACUUGUUCCCCAUGUUCCGCCCAAUAUAUUAAAAAUUACAACGCACGGCGGUUCGAGAACAUUUACCCGAGAGCGGCGUCUGCUGUAAUUGACAACCACUACGUUGAUGAUUUUUUGGACAGCGUUGAUACGGUGGACGAAGCAGUGCAACUGGUAGAAGAGGUGAAAAGUAUACAUGCAGCAGGUGGAUUUAAAAUCGGUAAAUUCUUGUCAAACGCUCCUGUAGUACUUUCUCGACUAGGAGAGUGUAACGCAAACCGCUCAAAACCGUUUAAGAUAGAUGGUCACGGAGAAUCAGAACGAGUUCUUGGGAUGACCUGGAUUCCAUCCGUUGAUGCAUUUACCUUCGACACGACUAUUAUGCCGGAAAUUCAAGAGCUAGUGGACACCAAAGUGGUGCCAACUAAGCGUCAAGUUCUUCGUACCGUCAUGAAGCUGUUUGACCCACUUGGUCUGAUCGCACACUAUGUCAUACAGGGAAAAGUUCUGAUGCAGGAUGUUUGGAGAUCGGGAACUAACUGGGACGAGCCGAUAGCAGAACAUUUGCGCGAUCGGUGGUACCGUUGGAUUGAGCUACUUCAUCAGCUAAGCUCAGUGAGGGUUCCACGUUGCUUCUUUAGUGGUUCAGAUUCGACAGCUUCAAGUGACAUACAACUGCACGUGCUAGUGGAUGCUAGUGAAAUUGCAUAUGCCUGUGUAGCAUAUCUUAGAAUUCGGAUGGGAAAUGAAAUAAAAACUGCAUUAGUAGCUGCUAAAACGAAAGUAGCUCCGCUAAAACCACUCUCAAUUCCCCGUCUAGAGCUUCAAGCAGCAAUGAUUGGCGCACGUCUGGCACAAAAUGUGUGCUCGGAUUUAUCUUUAAAUAUCCAACGCAGGUACCUGUGGUCCGACUCAGCAACUGUGCUCGCAUGGCUACGCUCUGAUAGCCGUCGUUAUCACCAGUUUGUGGCGUUCCGGGUAGCAGAGAUUCUCUCCCUUAGUUGUAUGGACGAGUGGCGACAUAUCCCGUCGAAGCUAAAUGUAGCAGAUGAAGCAACAAAAUGGGGUUCAGGCCCAUGUUUCGAUCCAAAUAGUCGGUGGUUUCAAGGUCCCUAUUUCCUACACGACACGGAAGAGCGCUGGCCAGAGCCGCUCAAAAACAGUACAGCGACGUCUGAAGAAUUGCGAGCUGUACACCUACACAACGUCAAAAUAGUGGAACAGUUGUUUGAUCCAGAACGUUUCUCAAAAUGGUCGCGUAUGGUUCGAGCAAUGGCUUACGUACACCGGGCGGUAACAGUCUUCAAGAAAGGUCAACAUAUGCCAGAGAUUCUACAAAGCGAGGAACUUCAGAAGGCUGAGAUGACCAUCCUUCGUCAAGUACAAGCACAAACAUAUCCAGACGAAAUAGCAAACCUGCGUACUGGUAACACUGUCGAAAAAGCUAGUAGCAUACACAAACUAGUUCCCUUUCUCGAUGAGUAUGAAGUCGUUCGGAUUGGGAGUCGAACCGGAGCUGCUCCAACCAUCCCGUAUUCAGCUAGAUUUCCAGCAAUACUUCCCAGAAAACAUCGUGUCACGGUUUUGCUAAUAGAUCAUUAUCAUCGUGAAUUUCUUCAUGGGAAUAACGAGACAGUUCACAAUGAAAUUCGGCAACGUUACUUUGUUCCUCGUCUGCGAACUACUAUUCGGACUGUAGCCGGUCUGUGUCAGUACUGUAAGGUAAAAAAGGCAGCUCCAAGCUCUCCGCAAAUGGCACCGCUCCCGAAAAUUCGACUCACUCCGUUUAUACGUCCAUUCACUUACGUUGGGGUGGACUAUUUUAGGCCUCUCGAGGUUAAAAUCGGUCGAAACAUUGUCAAACGAUGGGUGUGUCUUUUCACCUGUCUAACGAUUCGCGCAAUCCACCUUGAAGUGUGUAGUAGUUUGUCGAGUCAGUCCUGCAUAAUGGCAUUCCGGAGAUUUAUCGCUAGACGCGGAGCUCCGCUUGAAGUAUAUACAGAUAAUGGCACCAACUUCGUGGGUGCCUCUCGUCAGCUAACACAAGAGAAGCAGGCUAUAAAGCAGAUCGGCACAAACUGCGCAGCAACAUUCACGAACGCCGAUACGAUGUGGUUUCUCAAUGUGCCUGCCGCCCCCCACAUGGGUGGUCCAUGGGAGCGGAUGGUAAGAUCCGUGAAAGCUGCUUUAAAGGUUAUUUCUGACACUCCUCGAUACCCGAGUGACGAAGUAUUGGAAACCAUACUGCUAGAAGCAGAGGCAGUGGUUAACACACGACCGCUCACCUAUGUCCCACUAGAAGGACCGGAAGACGAAGCCCUAACACCCAACCAUUUCUUACUGUACGGUUCCAAGGGAAUAAAGCAGCCCGUCACCCUUCCGGCGGGUACAAGUUAUACCCUACGAGACAGCUGGAAGCUUGCCCAGCAUAUCGUCAACGGAUUCUGGCGUAGAUGGGUGCGUGAAUACUUGCCCAUGCUAACGCGACGCACCAAGUGGUUUGACCGAGUAAAACCAUUGGAGGUAGGCGACAUAGUUAUGGUAGUGGAUGAAGCUGUAAGGAACCGUUGGGAAAAAGGACGCGUUUUGGAGACCGCCAUGGGAAAAGAUGGUCAAGUGCGACAAGCGAAGGUUCAAACUGCCAGGGGAGUGUUUUCGAGACCAGCAGUGAAACUGGCAGUACUAGAUAUUAAAACCAAUAAGGGAACAUCGGCAGGUAUCGAAGCGGAUGCGACAGUGUUUCACGGGCCGGGGGAUGUUACUGGGCCCAUAGUGCCAUCAUAG